AUGGCUUACAAGCAGCUAACCCGCUUUGUGUGUGCAGGCGGUGGUACUUUGGACGAACCCACCACGGCGGCCUUGUUAACAUUACGGGGCCGGGUGAACUUUGGUUCGCCGCGCUGCAUCAACACCAACACGUUGAACACACUGCAUAUCUACGUCGACGCGUCGUGUGAAGGCGACAAAGUCGGCUUGGGCGGAGUGCUUAUCAACGAACAGGGCACACGUCUUGGAUACUUCAGCGAGUUCGCUUCGGAGAGUGUGAUCUCGAAGGUCAAUCCUGCAAGUGGAAACCCGAUCUUUGAAUUUGAGUGCCUGGCGAUCUAUGCUGCAUUUCACCUAUGGCAGAAUCUUGCUUGCGGAACGAAUACCGUCGUCUUCACCGACAACGAGGGAGCGUUGGCUUGCAUGAUCAAUGGCACUUCGGGCAACGCUUAUGGUGCAAUGAUUGUUCACGAUCUCUGCGACGCCAGCUUCUUGAACCUUUGGUUCGAACGUGUAAACACAAGCUCCAACAUUGCCGAUGACCCCUCGCGGGGGGUGUGCAAUGCAGAUCUUGGCAAGCGCUUCGAAGUGUCCCUUGAUGUAGUGGUCGACUUAGCUUUGAGACGUGGGGAUGAGUGA